AUGGCCGGACCAAAACUUGACUUUGGGGGAUUUCCUAUUCCUUGGACACCUACCAACCGACCCGAAGAUGAAACGGAUAUGUAUCCGUAUAGGAAGCAGACCAGAAACACUCAAACUCUUCCUGUGGGCUGGAGAUUUGCAGAUGGCAGGCGUCCAUUUCACCAGGAAACUAUCUUCGAUGAAGUGGUUGAGAUUCCGCUCAGAGACGGAGUCAAGAUUUACUGUGACAUUUUCAGGCCCGUCACAGAUACCAAGAUUCCGGCUAUUUUGGCAGUGAGCCCAUACGGUAAAAAUGGACACGGAUUUCGCAUCUUCGACAAUAUUCCCUUCCGACUUGGACUACCAGAGAGCGCCACAUCUGGCCUUGAGAAAUUCGAAGGACCCGAUCCUGCGGAGUGGUGUCCUCGGGGUUACGCAGUCGUUAAUGUAGACAUCCGAGGUACUUGGGAUAGUGAAGGUAAUCUUUACAUUGAGGGAAGCCAAAUGGGUCUGGACGGCUAUGAUACUGUCGAAUUCAUCGCAGCCCAACCUUGGUGUAAUGGUGCUGUGAGCAUGUGUGGUAACUCUUGGCUGGCAACAGAGCAAUGGGCAACUGCCAUCGAGAAGCCACCAUCGCUCAAGUGCAUAGCGCCUUGGGAAGGGUUCACAGACAAGUAUCGUGAUCUGAUAUGUCGUGGUGGCGUCCCCAAAUACAAUUUCGCUUCCUUCAUUUUCAACAAAACGAUCCGUGGCCGAAACCAACGGGAAGACAUUGGCGAAGCGCUCAACAAGUGGCCUCUAUUCAACGGUUACUGGGAGGACAAAGUCUACGACACCAGUGGUCUGACUCUACCCAUCUACGCGCUAGUCAGCUAUUCGUCAGGAAAUCAUGGAGCUGGUACUAUGAGAGGCUGGAACCAAGCUGCUUCAAAAGACAAAUGGAUCCGCUUCCACCCGACCCAGGAGUGGUUUGAUCUUUACACCCCUAGGUAUAUUGAUGACUUGCAACGAUUCUUCGAUCGGUAUUUGAAGAAUAUUGAGAAUGGCUGGGAAGAAACUCCCAGGGCUAGAGUGUCCAUCCUCACUUAUGGAAAUCGGUUUGAGUCUGGCCCCAUGUGGGAUGUUCCAUUCGCUAACUACCCAAUUCCAUCAACCGAGUACCGCAAACUCUACCUGAGAGACUCUGGAAAACUGGAUAUUUCCAUGCAAGCCCACGAGGGCUUCGUCGCUCAUCACGCGGACAGCUACCAAGCGAAACCGUCUGAAUUUGUGCUAAAAUUCGACAAAGCAACUACUCUUGUUGGUCACUCAAAGGCUGAACUCUGGAUGUCUUGUAAAGACAAGGAUGACAUGGACGUUUAUGUCUCCAUCCGGAAGUUGAGCAAAAGCGGCGAGGUGUUGGAGCACGUCAAUGUUCCCUGGGAAGCUCUUCCAGAGGGAGUCAACACCCAACAUGAUGUUCCGAUGGCACAGACUGUCAAGUAUACUGGACCUACUGGUAUUCUCCGGGCUUCGCAUCGCGCUCAGAUCCCGGAGCGGAGCACCGCCAUGAUUCCUUAUCACCCACAUGACAAGGAAGAGAAGGACCCUCCAGGAGAGAUUGUGAAGCUCGAGAUUUCCCUUUGGCCCAUGGGCAUCCAUUUUGAAGCAGGAGAGAGCCUGCUAUUCCGUGUCCAAGGCUUCAUUGAUACGAGCUCUGAUUUCCCCAGUCACAUCGACAAGAAACUCGACAAUCUGAAUGAAGGGCGACAUACAAUUCACUUUGGUGGAAAGUAUGACUCAAAGGUUAUUGUGCCUUUUACUGCGUUGCCAUCACAAUAG